GCAAACUUGAUUUUACCAGAGCAAAAUGCUUUUGUAUAAGAUCAGAGAAGUUUUUGGAGUUUUACUUUUCUCCUCUAGCACGGAUAAGUAACUAGGACAACUGAUCUUUGACACAAUGCCGUGCGUACAAUUUACCAAUGCAACAGGGUUGACGGACAGCGAGCUCAUUCAAGCAGAAACAAGCCGCAUAAUCUAUGGUUAUGCGGUCCCGCUCGUGUGCUGUUGCGGGAUUUUGGGUAAUGUCAUGAACCUUGCCAUCCUGACGCGUCGAAAGCUCACAAAGUCUUUCAAGAGACUGGAAAAAGCAGCCAACAUGUGUCUUAUAGCCUUAGCCCUCUCAGACUUCUGCUUCUGUUUAUCAGCUUUCCCGAAUUCUUUUCUACCGAGUGACGAUUUGUACCCAAACAAGGGAUUUCUGUCCUACUACCGGAUCUACUGUCCAGGGAUACUGAACAUAUUCAUCCUGACAAGCACUUGGCUGACUGUCACCAUGUCCGUGGAGAGAUAUUUAGCAAUAUGCCACCCUUUCAAGCAGACCUUCUAUCUGACUAUAAAGAAAACCAAAAUUAUAAUAAUCUUCGUGUACAUAAUUUCAAUGAUUUUCAACAUUCCAGUUUUCUGGAGGUAUGAUUUACGGGAAAUUACGUGUAACAAUGGCACUGAGACCUACUUUCAACCGGUUCAAGUUAACCUGGGUCAGAGUGAAAUGUUCGAGAAUAUUUACCGUAUAUUGUGGGCAAUCAUUGGAAAUUUUGCACCGUUAAUUCUCCUGAUUGGAUUUAACAUUCUUCUGUGCCGGAAGAUACACAAGUCGUACAAAUUUCGUCAAAGGUUCCGCGUAGACGAACAGCAAGGUCAGAGCGAUGCCGGGCAGACGUUAACGAUAACUCUCGUUGUGAUAGUUGUGAUGUUUCUCAUUCUUGUUGCACCUUCGGAGGUUGUUAUGCAUAUCGGUCAGAUCAUGCACAGAGCAAACGAGCCUGCCUACAAAACUAUGGAGAUCAUUCUCAAUUUCAUGCAAUCCAUCAACUUCUCUGUUAAUUUCAUACUCUACUGUAUCAUAAGCCCAUACUUCAGACGGACACUCAAGUACAUAUUGUUCUGCAACUGGGCGAUCACUCGAAGAAAAAAGUUUUAUCUCGAGGUUUCAAUGAAAAAGGUCACUUUUUCCCAUUAUAAUUCACCACGGUCAAGUGCAUGUCAUUGAAUGGGGGUAAUAUAUAUUUAUUGCAAUAAUGUAUAUACGAAAGUCUAUGUAAACAAUAUUGGU